AUGAUCGAGCCCGCAUACCUACGGACGAUGCAGACCCGACUGCAACGAAGAGUUAUAUUCGUGGUUCCCAAGAGUCCAGGCACCAUCAACGGUCUGCACUUCAACUGGGGAUGUUGCUUCACCAAGAGCGACAACAAGAAGCAGCUGGGCUACGUCUUCGGCACGCUGCACCAGGAGUACAUGCGCGACCUCACGGCAAAGAUCAGCGAGAUCGCAUGCAUCUUCCAAGCUGAGAGAACCUUGGUGAUGGGCUACAGCAUGGGCGGCUUCGGGGCCUUCCAGCUCGGGGCGAUGGCGCCAGACGUCUUUGACGUGGUGGUGUCGGUGGCGGGCUAUGGCUUGGGGACACUUGAGCCCCAAGGUGAGAUGUACGAUGCACCGCAGCCGGCGGCGAGAAAACGAUUUAGAGUCUUCCUUCAGCAGGUUGCGUCAAGAUUGAGUCUGGUACCUGUCGUGCUCGCCAUGCACGCCCAAAAGGAUUCAAUGUCCAGCUUCCGAGACGUUUCCGCCAUUAUCCGCCAUGUGCAGCAAGUCAGCAUCGCACGAGGUUCUGACAGCAUCGUCCAGCUCUUCGAAGUACCCGAUGAGAUGGCGGACUCCGACAGGGGACGCAAGAAGAAGAACAAAAGCGGCCACCACUACUUCAACUGCACCUUACUGGACGACUCAAGCGACGCGUUCUUCUGGUCCAAGCUCCAGGGCUUCCUUCAAGUUGCCGGACCACGGAUGGAGCUGCAAACCGUUAGCUUGGACUCCAUCGCGCGCUUCGGGACCUCGAGUGGCAAACCCGUGUGUGUUGCCGGUGUGGUCCUUGGUGGAAGGCACGAGGUGGAUGGGAAGGUGAGCAAAGCGGUGCUCGCGCUCCCCAGGCUAGUGGAGUCAAGCUACUGGGCAGUUUCCCUGGUGUCUUUCAGGCACAAGAAGCAAUUCCCCAAGAAGGAGCCAAGGCAGCUGCUGGGAGGGAACGGUCUACUAGAGGAAGUGAAGCAGGAUAGCGCCCUGCAGGCCAUUCAGCAAGUGGUAGUGGUCCCCGAAGACGGUGAGGGCUGGUGCCCUGCCUUACUUUGGUAUUCUUUGGGAGCUUGGGGGAUCCUCUCCAAGAGGCCGAUUUGGCUCAGACCUUCCCCGGCCGGCGUUUCCACGCGAGGUCAAUCCACUCUAUCUUUACGCCCGGAUGUGUCGCAGGAGGGCCUCGAUGUGGAUGAGAGCCCCUGCGAGGCCAUCACGCCAGCAGAGCUCUGUAAGACAAAGCUCCGCGAUGGGCAGUGCUUCUUCCUGGACGGGCCGCCGCUGAAACGAAGCCUCAAGCGCUGCCUUCUCCGGGGACCACAGGAGGGCUUUGCGGAAGUUCGCGCGAACACCACACCGCCAAGCACCAGCGUGAGUUUGAGCGCGAGCAGGGCACGUGCAUCCCUACGGGGCGGCCUGAUCUUCCGCGGCAUCCGCCUGGAGUUCCAGGGACUUCACCUCCGGGGCGCGAGGCUGCAGAUGUACGACACAGAGCGUGGCGGCCUGGGCACAGGCAGUCGCACACGGCAACGCGAUGGAGGGGCCAUGUGGGCCGGUAAAGGAGGCCUCAAGGUCGCGGACUCGCAGGUCUACGUGAACAGCUCCACGGCCAAAGCAGGGGGUGCCAUCUUUGUGGCCAGCAGGGGCCAGCUCCUCCUGACCAAUCACUCCAAGCUCGUGACUGAGAACACGCAUGCCAUGCUGUCUGGCGGCAGCAUCUACGCCAGGAACUUCCGUAUGGAGAACAGGUCGGCUCUGCAAGUGCGAAAGUCCUCGGGCAAGGAUGGAGGUGCCAUUGCAGCGGACAUGUUCGUGGUGAGGAAGGGCUCAAAGGUCAACAUCUCCGAGGCCGAGUCGCACCGUUUCGGCGGAGCGGUCAGCUCGGCACGUCGCCUCGUUGUGCAGUAUGGCUCGGAGGUCAAGAUCACCAACUGCUCCGCCGAAGCUCCCGGCGGUGGAGGAAUCUUUGCUUUCAAGAUCGAGGUGAAGAAUGCGUCGAUUGAUGUCCGGCGCAGCUUCAGUACCAGCGUCAAGGGACUAGGCGGCUGCCUCUUCGUCAGCAACAGCCUCUUUGUGCGAGGCGGCUCAGUGCAUCUCGCGCACUGCGAGGCCUUUAGUGCAGCAGGGUUGCGAGCUGGAGGCAGCCUUAUGCUGCUGAACAGGAGGCACGACGGAAGUCACUCGAACUACGCGUGA